CCGGAAGUGGCGGUGGGCACUUGGCCCCGCCCCCUGCAAGCAGGCCCCGCCCCCCCGGCGCCAUGGGGCCCCGGCGGCUGCUGCUGCUGCUGGCGCUGGCGUGGGCGGGGGGGGCGGCGCCGGGCCGCUAUGCCCCCGGCGACCCGGUGCCCCUCUACGUGGCCACCGUGGGGCCCUACCACAACCCCGGCGAGACCUACGGCUACUACGCCCUGCCCGUCUGCCGCCCCCCGGGCCCCGCCCCCCGGCCCCGCCCCCCCGCCAUGGCCGCCUCCCUCUACCGCAUCCGCUUCCGCCGCGACGCCCCCCGCGCCCCGCUCUGCACCCUGCGGCUCGGCCCCGAUGAGGUGGAGCAGCUGCGGGCGGCCGUGGAGGCCCUCUACUACUUCGAGUUCGUGGUGGACGAGCUGCGGGUGCGGGGCUUCGUGGGGGCGGUGGAGGAGGGCGGGGGGCCGCCCCACGGCCGCCGCCUCGGCCUCUGGACCCACCUCGACUUCCACCUGGCCUGGCGGGGCGACCGCGUGGUGGCCGCCAACCUCAGCACGGGCUCCGCCCGCCCCCGGGGGCUGCCCCGGGGCCCCCUGGCCCUGACCCACACGUAUGGGGUGCGCUGGAGCCGGGCGCCGGCGGGGCGGGGCCGGGCGCAGGCCGCCGCCCUCCGCCGGCCCCCCCCGGACCUCCACCGCUUGGCCUUGCUCAACGGGGCCGCGCUGGUGGCCCUGCUGGGCGGCUUCGUGGCCGUGGUCCUCCUGCGGGUGCGGCGCAGCCAGGGGGCGCCGGCCGGCGGCCGCGGGGAGGCGGCGGCCAUCUUGGAGGACCCCGACGGCGGCUGGAAGGCCGUGCGGGGCGACGUCUUCCGGCCUCCGCCGCGGCCCGGGCUGCUCAGCGCCUCGCUGGGCGCCGGCUGCCAGCUCCUGGCCUUGGGGGCCGGGGGGCUGGCGCUGGGAGGAGCCGGGGGGCGGGGCCAAGGCCCGGGCGGGGCCGCCGCCCUCCUCUACGCCCUCACCGCCCCCCCCGCCGGCUACGUGGCCGGCGGCCUCUACCGUCGCCUCGGCGGGCGCCGAUGGGUGGCCAAUGGGGUGCUCACCAGCGGCAUCUUCGCCGGGCCCUUCCUGGUGACCUGGAGCGUGGUCAACGCGGUGCACUGGGCCCACGGCUCCACCCGGGCGCUGCCGGCCGCCGCCGGGGGGCUGCUGCUGGCCACGUGGCUCCUCCUGGGCCUCCCAUUGGUCCUCCUGGGCGCCGCCGCCGGGCGCAGCCGGGCCGGCCCCCUCGAGGCCCCCGGCCGCCCCAAGGGCGCCGCCCGGCCCAUCCCGCCCCAGCCCUGGUACCGGGCCACUCUGGUCCACGCCGUCGUUGGAGGCUUCCUCCCCUUCAGCGCCGUCUCGGUGGAGCUCCACUACGUCUUCGCCACGGCGUGGGGCCGGGAGCCCUACGCCCUCGACGGCGACCUCCUGGCCUGCGUCUGCGCCGUGCCGCUGGCCGUGGGCGCCUGCCUCUCCGUGGCCCUCACCUACCUGCAGCUCGCCGGGGAGGACUUCCGGUGGUGGUGGCGCCCGGCCCUCGGCGCCGGCUCCGCCGGCCUCUUCCUCCUCCUCUACGCCCUCUUCUACUUCUGCUGCCGCUCCAACAUGUCCGGCCCGGUGCAGACGGUGGAGUUCUUCGGCUACUGCCUGCUGGCGGCCUACGCCGCCGCCCUCGCCAUGGCCGCCGUCGCCUUCUUCGCCUCCUUCACCUUCGUCCGCUACAUCUACGUCAACCUCAAGAUGGACUGAGGCGGGGCCGGUCUGCCCAAGAUGGCCUCCUUCGCCUGCCCGAGGCGGCCGUCGGGUCUGCCCAAGAUGGCCGCCUGCCCCCUCUGCCCACCGCAGCUCAAGAUGGCCGCCCCCCAUGGCAGCAUCCGUGGGGCGAGGCCAUUUUGGGCCCCCCCCCGCACACUUCCCCUCCCCCUUGCUGGGAGGGGCCGCCUCCCAUUGGCCGGCGUUGGCCAAUCGGGACACGGGGCUGUGUCUGGAGGCCUCUCUGCAGAGUCUAGAUGAGUCUCUAUGGUCCCCCCAGGCCUUGGAGGUCUGUCUAGGCUGCCUAGAGGAGUCUCUAUGGUCCCCCCAGGCGACUGGGGACUCUCUAGGCUGCCUGGGGGAGUCUCUAUGGUCCCCCCAAGGCCAUAGGGGUCUCUCUAGGCUGCCGGGAGGAGUCUCUAUUGUCCCCCCAGGCCAUGGAGGGUCUCUCUGGGCUGCUUGGAGGAGUCUCUACGGUCCUCCUAGGCCAUGAGGGUCUCUCUAGGGGGAUCUCUAUGGUCCCUGCAGGCAGGUAGGCCAGUCUGGACGGUCUGGUUGGGUCUCUAUGGUCUUGCGCCCUGGAGGCCUUUCUGGACCAUCCAAAAUGAGCCUCUCUUGCCCCCGUAGGCCAUGGAGGCCGCUCUGGACCCUCAAGGUGAGUCUCUAUGGUCCUCCCAGGCGGGCGGGCCUCUCCGGACGGCCCCGUUGGGCCUCCGUGGUCGCCGUUCUGGAGCCUCUAGACGAGUCUCUAUGGCCACCACGGGGCUGAGGGGGCGGGGCUUGGGGGCGGCGCUCUGAUUGGUCGCUCCGUGUCGGUGUUUGGUAAUAAAAAAGGAGGAAAAACCA